AGCGGGACUCGGCGCUUAAAAUUCAACUUCAUGUCAGAUUCCAGUUCACAUCACUCCUCGGACCUCCAAAUAACUUCUAAAAAGAGAAAGUGGGAUGAAAUCGGGGAACAAGGGACGCCCUCACCCGCCAACGGCGGAGGCGACCUAGCCAGCAAAAUUGAUGAUGGCAUAGUCGAUGAAUGCGAAUUAUUAUCAGACGAGGAAAAAGCAGCUGCUGAUGCAGCUGGUUGGGAAUCGGGCUCCGUUUCCGGUUCAUCAGAUCUCCAGCCGUCAAAACGCGCGAAACUUGCCCCACCGUCAAACGUGUCUGACGGCCCUGGCCCUGGUUCCAAUUCCGACGCAGAAUCUCAGUGGAAUUCAGAUGAUAUUGCCAUAGACCCCGAUAUACCUAUAUCUGAAGACAGCGAAGAUGACCUUGGGGGUCCAUCCUCCCGUUAUCUCCCUGCUCUCAACGGCGGCUUCCUCCAGGGAGACUAUGGUUCUGACAUAGAUGACAUUGACCCUCCCAAAAAGAAGAACAGGCUCGGCCAACGCAAACGGCAAGCGAUAUGGGAAAGGACGUAUGGCGAAUCCGCAAACCACUUGCAAAAGCAGGAGACUCCCCAAACUCGUGGAAGAGGCCGCGGGACUGGACGAGGGAGGGGUCAGGAUUAUCAGAGGGGUCGGGAAUACGGGAGAGGUCGGGGGAGAGGUCAGGACUACGGAAGAGGGCAAGGGAGAGGUCGAGGAAGAGGUCAGGACUAUGGCAGAGGUCGAGGCAGAGGUCGAGGCAGAGGUCAGGACGAUCAGAGAGGUCGUGGAAGUGUACAAGGACAGGGGAGAGGUCGCGGAAGGAUGCAGGAUUACGGGAGGGGUCGUGAUGAGGAGUCGGGGAGAAGUCGAGGACAUGGAAGGAGUGCUUCUUCUGGCCGUGGUAGCUUCGGGGCAAGGGGGAAUGACAGAGGCAGCCAAAGAGGAAGUGGGAGGGGGACAGGGAGAGGGAGAGGUUCAACGCAAACUAACGAACUCCAUCCCUCUUGGGAGGCGAAGAGAAUAGCGAAACAAAGGGAGUCGCAGCAGAUGUCUGCUACACUCUCAGGCCGAUCAGGAGGGAAGAAGAUCAAGUUUGAUUAAUUCAGCAGUUUUACUUGUUGCUCUUUGAUUUGUUCGUAAUGUCAUGACCUGUCGCAGCAUCUACAUUUCGCGAAUUCAACUUAAUCAACUUCAUUAGUCCGAG